AUGGGCACAAGUCCGAAAUGGUCCUUCUUCCCCGGUGAUCACUGGCUCUACUUCUCCGUGUACCUCUUCACCUUCAUCGUGGGGCUCCCCCUCAACAUAAUGGCCCUGGUGAUCUUCGUGGGCAAGCUGCGGCGGCGCCCGGUGGCUGUGGACGUGCUUUUGCUCAACCUGACCCUCUCCGACCUGCUCCUGCUUCUCUUCCUGCCAUUCCGCAUGGUGGAGGCCGCCAGUGCCAUGCACUGGCCCCUGCCCUUAGUCUUCUGCCCCCUCUCUGGAUUCCUCUUCUUCACCACCAUCUACCUGACCUCCCUCUUCCUCACAACUGUAAGCAUUGAGCGCUUCCUGAGCGUGGCCUACCCACUAUGGUACAAGGCCCGGCCCAGGCCUGGACAGGCCAGCCUGGUCAGCGGGGUCUGCUGGCUCCUGGCCAGCGCUCACUGCAGCGUGGUCUAUGUCACUGAAUUCUCAGGGAACUCCUCCCACAGCCAGACUACAAACAGCACCUGCUACUUGGAAUUCGAGGAGGCCCAGCUGGCUGUCCUCCUCCCCGUCAGGCUGGAGAUGGCUGUGGUCCUUUUUGGGGUGCCCCUGCUCAUCACCAGCUACUGCUACGGCCGCCUGGUGUGGGUGCUCAGGAGGGGAACCAACCACCGACUGAAGCGGCGGGUGAUUGGGCUUGUGGCAGCCACCCUGCUCAACUUCCUUGUCUGCUUCGGGCCCUACAACGUGUCUCAUGUCGUGGGCUACAUCAAGGGUGAAAGCCCGGUGUGGCGAAGUUAUGUGCUGCUUCUUAGCACCCUGAAUUCCUGUGUUGACCCCCUUGUCUACUACUUCUCAUCAUCCGGAUUCCAGGCUGACUUUCACGAGCUGCUGAGAAGGCUGACGGGGGGACAGGGGCCCUUGGAAGCUGGAGGGCAGCAUGAAGCUAAAGAAGGGUGA